UCUCCCUUUCCUCCCUUCUUCUCGGGCACUCAGAUCUUGAAAUGUUUCAUAUACGCCUUUCAGUCUUAUAUUUUGCUUAUGUUUUAUAAAAUAAAGUUCGAAAUUUAUGGAAAAAGUUAUGGAUAACCCAACGUCGGCCGGGGAUUCUUCGACGUCACGGACCGGUACGCGUAUUAUCUCGAGGGAGACGGCGACCAUGGGCUGCGGCUUUUCGAAUUUCACAACGUUUAUGGCCGAGAAGCAAGAUUUCGCGAGGCUUGCGAUGCCUCAAUAUCUACGCUUAGCUGUACUCGAUUCCAUUAGAAAACAAGACGUCAACGGCGGUGACCAGCAUUUCCAAAUGCCUCGCUCCGACGAUGAUCCCUAUUGUGAAACCCCUAUCGUCGUUUUUAUUAAUUCCAAGAGCGGCGGCCGCCAUGGCCCCGUCCUUAAAGAACGUCUCCAGAACUUAAUCAGCGAAGAACAGGUGUUUGACCUCCAUGAUGUGAAACCGCGUGAAUUUGUACGGUACGGACUGGCUUGCCUUGAGAAGUGGGCUGAAAGUGGAGACGCUUGUGCCAAAGAGACAAGGAUGAACAUCAGAGUUGUGGUUGCUGGUGGUGAUGGUACAGUUGGUUGGGUGCUUGGAUGUCUUGGAGAGCUUCAUCAAGAGGGUCGGUUGCCGGUUCCUCCCGUAGCUAUCAUUCCACUUGGUACUGGCAAUGACUUGUCUAGAAGUUUUGGUUGGGGAGGUUCAUUUCCUUUUUCCUGGAAAUCAGCUAUUAAAAGAACUUUGCAGAGAGCUACUACUGGUCCAGUUUGCCAUUUAGAUAGUUGGCAUACUGUGGUGCAAAUGCCUGGCGGAGAAGUUGUCGAUCCUCCUCAUUCUUUGAAGGCUACUGAAGAGUGUGAUGUUGAUCAGACUUUGAAGAUUGAAGGGCAUGUUCCAGACAAAGUCAACUACUAUCAAGGAGUAUUCUAUAAUUACUUUAGCGUAGGAAUGGAUGCACAAGUGGCUUACGGAUUCCAUAAUUUACGGAAUGACAAACCUUACCUUGCACAAGGUCCUAUUUCAAAUAAGAUUAUCUACUCCGGUUACAGUUGCAGUCAGGGUUGGUUUCUCACACCUUGCAUGAGUGAUCCAUCUUUAAGGGGACUCAAUAACAUUUUAAGUAUCCACAUUAAAAGGGCCAACUGCUCAGAGUGGGAGCCAAUUACAAUACCUGGAAGUGUGAGAGCCAUUGUUGCUCUAAAUCUUCAUAGUUAUGGAAGUGGACGAAACCCAUGGGGGAAUCUAAAGCCAGAGUAUUUGGAAAAAAGAGGCUUUGUUGAGGCCCAUGUUGAUGAUGGCCUUCUGGAAAUUUUUGGCUUAAAGCAAGGAUGGCAUGCAUCAUUUGUAAUGGUUGAACUCAUAUCUGCAAAACACAUCGCACAGGCGGCAUCGAUUCGACUGGAGUUAAGGGGAGGGGAAUGGAGAGAUGCAUUUUUGCAGAUGGAUGGGGAGCCAUGGAAACAGCCGAUGAGCAGGGAGUAUUCCACCAUAGUGGAAAUUAAGAGAGUGCCAUUUCAGUCAGUAAUGAUAAGUGGAGAAUGACAGUGGCUAUUGGCUAACCAUUAUCAUCAUCUUUGUAAAGCAUCAUCCUUCAUGGUUCUCACCUUGGGCUUGUAAGUUGUAAAUUGUAUGUGUUUCCCCAAACAAUGGCUUAGGAACCGGAUUUAUAAAUGAUCCAUUAUAUUCAUCAACUGGCUUUUAAAGCUUUGCAUGUAGCAGCAGUUAUUUAUCCAUAUAGUUAUGAAUUCGAGUGGAUUUAGGUUGACGCAUGAACUUGAAUCUGAGUAGAUUCAUGUUGAUCCUUUA